CCCCACCACCACCAGCAGCCACCCCACCGACAGCUACAGCAGACUCGUGCCUGAAUGCGGGUCUGUAGCUGAGCACCUCCUCGGCAGCUGUCGCUCUCUGUGAGGACUUUGACGGGGACGGCGCACAAGGACAAAACAAUGACACCACGGGAGCCAGUCAGUCAGAGGUGUCUCGGGCGGGCGUAGGAAACCUGGAUCUACCUUUCUGCACAUCUGGAAUUUUUUUUCUUCUUUUCUUUUUCCAUUGACUUCAGUUUUCCUGUCCCCGAAGAAGGGUGACUCAGUGCAGACCGAGGGCGAGCCGUGGCAUCCUAAUCGCGCAGCGGAGAGGACUUCGGCUCAUUGACAUUACAGUCAUACUUUCCUGGAGCACUUUUUUUUUCUUCUUCACUGCGCCGCACUGAAGCUUUUCCGCGUGCAGCGGAGGCUGGUCGCUUCCCCUCCUACACAGCUUCCACACAGGAAGGAAACGGGAUGAACCCUGCUGCCACUGACUGCGUGGCUUGUAACAGUUAACGCUUGAUCACGGCGGACUAUUUGGCUUGCAGCCGUUUGUUUGGGUGGCAUGACUGAACACUUACAAUGACUAUUCUGUUUGGAGACUGGAUCGUGUUUAUUGCUCAGAUGAGUCUGGGCGCUCAGCUGAAUAUAAAUUAGGUGUUCGGCACCACAGAUAGCUGGAAGAGGAAGAGAGAGGCCGAGCAAAGACAAUCCGCAAAGACAAACGCCAAGGUCUCACACGAUGAACAGACCUCUUCAUUUGAUCCCGAUUAAUAGAAACCUAUUUGAACAAAAUAUCAACAGGUCAAAGGAGGCGUAAUCAACACAGAUUACAGCAGCUUUUACGGAGUGGGGAUGUAUCUUUCCAUUUUCUUUUUCCUCCUGUUAUGGGCUCAAGCCCUGACAUUGAAAAACUUGAAUUACUCUGUCCCGGAGGAACAGGGUCCGGGGACAGUGAUUGGGAACAUCGCCAAAGAUGCCAGACUCGGACUCGAACAGGUUGGGCCGGGAGGACAGGGUAAGAAAGCCAACUUCAGGGUGCUGGAGAACUCCGCUCCGCAUCUCAUCGACGUGGACCCCCAAAGCGGACUGCUGUACACAAAGCAGCGCAUCGACAGGGAAACCUUGUGCAAGAGAAACCCAAAGUGCCAGCUCUCCAUGGAGGUGUUUGCCAAUGACAAGGAGAUCUGCAUGAUCAAAAUAGAUAUUCAGGACAUUAACGACAACUCACCAAACUUCCCCUCGGAUCAGAUUGAUAUUGACAUUUCGGAAAACGCAGUGCCAGGCACGCGCUUUCCUCUGACCAGCGCGCAUGACCCAGAUGCAGGGGAGAACGGCCUGAAAACCUAUCAAAUAACACGCGAUGACUACAAUCUCUUUUCCUUGGAGGUUAAGUCCCGUGGGGACGGGACAAAAUUCCCCGAAUUAGUUAUUCAGCGGCCAUUGGACCGAGAAGUACGAAACCAUCACACCCUCAUUUUGUCAGCCACUGAUGGGGGGGAAUAUCCUCGGUCGGGUACCAUGCAGAUAAAUGUUAAAGUUAUUGAUUCCAAUGAUAACAGCCCAGUGUUUGAUCAGCCUUCAUAUGUUGUGGAAAUCCCUGAAAACUCCCCUCCAGGUAAAUUGCUGAUCGAUUUAAACGCCACUGAUCCUGAUGAGGGAAACAAUGGACAAGUAGUCUAUUCUUUCAGUGGGUAUGCCCCGGAGAGAAUCCGGGAGCUCUUUUCUAUAGAUUCCAGAACAGGGGUCAUAAAGAUUCAAGGUGAAAUUGACUACGAAGAGAGCCCUGUUAUUGAGAUUGACGUCCAGGCCAAGGAUCUAGGUCCCAAUCCAAUCCCAGGGCAUUGUAAAGUCACUGUGAAAGUGUUGGACAGGAAUGAUAACUGGCCGUCCAUUGGCUUUGUGUCCGUGAGACAGGGAGCCAUCAGCGAGGCAGCACCUUCUGGCACCGUCAUUGCCCUGGUCCGCGUCACAGACAAGGACUCAGGCAGGAAUGGGCAGCUUCAGUGCAGAGUACUCGGUAAUGUCCCUUUUAAACUUGAGGAGAAUUACGAUAACUUCUAUACCGUGGUGACGGACAGACCUUUAGACAGAGAGACACAGGAUGAGUACAACGUUACCAUCGUGGCCAAAGACAACGGCAUUCCUCCUCUGAACUCCACAAAGUCCUUCACUGUAAAAAUCCUGGAUGAAAAUGACAACGUUCCUCGCUUCACCAAGUCGGUUUACCUACUUCAAAUACCAGAGAACAACAUUCCCGGGGAGUACCUGGGCUCUGUUCUAGCACAUGACCCAGAUCUCGGCCAGAACGGCACAGUGUACUACAGCAUAAUCUACUCCAAUGUGAGCGGGGGUGAUGUCAACACCUAUGUCAACGUGAACGCUGCUAAUGGAGCCAUCUAUGCCGUGAGAUCUUUUAACUAUGAGCAAAUCAAAUAUUUUGACUUCAAGGUUCUUGCUCGAGACUCCGGCGCUCCACAACUGGAGAGCAACGCCACAGUACGAAUCAGCGUUCUGGAUGUCAACGACAACAUCCCCGUUAUAGUCCUGCCGCUGCUUCUAAACGACACUGCGGAAAUCCACGUGCCACGCAAUGUCGGCGUGGGCUACAUUGUCACCACGGUGAAGGCGGUGGAUAACGACUAUGGCGAAAGUGGGAGGCUCACAUACGAGAUCUCUGAUGGUAAUGAAGAGCACCUCUUUGAGAUGGAUCCAGUGACCGGGGAGGUGCGAACAGCCCACCCGUUCUGGGAUGAUGUGAACCCCCUUGCGGAGCUUAUCAUCCGAGUGUCCGACCACGGCAAGCCAACCCUCACUGCUGCCGCCAGGCUCCUCGUCAAGGCGUCCAAUGGACGUCCUCCAGAUGGACUGCCACGCACAAAGGAAAAUCUGAACUGGGACAUGUCCCUUCCUCUUAUUGUAACCCUAAGCAUUAUAUCCAUCAUGCUUCUGGCAGCCAUGGUGACCAUAGCGAUCAAGUGCAAGCGAGAAAACAAGGAGAUCCGUACCUAUAACUGUCGCAUUGCUGAGUAUUCGCACCCUCAGCUUGGGAAAGGCAAGAAGAAGAAGAUUAACAAGAACGACAUCAUGCUGGUGCAGAGCGAGGUGGAGGAGCGGGAUGCCAUGAAUGUGAUGAAUGUGGUAAGCAGCCCUUCCUUGGCCACCUCUCCCAUGUACUUUGACUACCAGACACGCCUGCCACUCAGCUCACCAAGGUCAGAGGUCAUGUACCUCAAGCCCACUGCCAAUAACCUCAGCGUGCCCCAAGGCCACGUGGGAUGCCACACCAGCUUCACAGGCCCAGUCACCAGCACUACAGACACACCUACUAACCGCAUGUCCAUCAUACAGACGGACAAUUUCCCCACUGAGCCUAAUUACAUGGGUAGCAGACAACAGUUUGUUCAAAGUAGUUCGACAUUCAAAGACCCGGAGCGAGCGAGCCUCAGAGACAGUGGUCAUGGGGACAGUGACCAGGCCGACAGCGACCAGGACACCAACAAAGGCUCCUGCUGCGAUAUGUCUGCAAAAGAGGCCCUCAAGCUAAAGGCUACGGGAGUGAAACCACCGCCUUUGGAGCAAGAUGAGGACUGUGUGAAUUGUACGGAGGAGUGCAGAGUACUGGGUCAUUCUGACCGGUGCUGGAUGCCCCAGUUCCCGGCAGGAGGAAACCAGGCAGAAGGUGUCGACUACCGCAAUAAUAUGUUUGUGCCAGCGGGCAUGGAGACUGUGCCGGAGGCAGAGACCUACGAGACCGUCAACCCCAAUGGCAAGAAGACGUUCUGUACCUUUGGAAAAGAGAGGCGCGACCACACCAUCCUCGUCGCUAAUGUCAAGCCCUACUUGAAGGCGAAACGAGCCCUCAGUCCACUGCUCCAAGAGGUACCAUCAGCCUCCGGCAGCCCGACCAAGGGCUGCUCCACCAUGUCUCCCUGCUCUUCAGUCAAAAGCCCGGCUGACGGAGCUGAAGGCAAACCGCCUCCUGCCACUUGCUCCGGCCACUACGGGCCUCCUGAUGGUCAGUACCUGUCCCCGAACAAACAAACCAGAGACCAGGGGGUCUACCAACCCUUGCCUCACUCAGACCCAGUGGCUAAAGUGCUGGCAGAGGCCCGCUCCAGGAUCAGCCAGGAGGCAACGAGGGAAAUGGAGUGCGUUCUGGAGCAAGUCGAGCCCGACACCAACCGCGACAGAAUGGACGCUGGCCAGGUGGUGAGGGACAUCGACAAACUGUUGCAGGACUGCAGAGGAAGUGAGGCCACUGGGACACUCAGAAAGUAACAAAGAGGGAGUGUGAAAAAGAGGGAAAAAAAAGAAUAAAGGAGGUAGAGAGAAGAAUAUAAAGCUAUUCUAAAAACUCUCAUGCCAGAACUGUUACCAAAACAAGUAGAAACGGAUAAACGGCUCCUCCGACGGGAGCUCUUUUCACUGUAUUUGUUUUUGAAAAGUACCAACAUUGGACCAACAAUGAGAACAUCUUAAUGUCAUUUGGCACCAGGUUGGGUCUAGGAUCCCAACCAACAAAACGGAACUGGGGAACAGACAUCUGAAUUCUGCUGACUUUCUAAAAUCUUUUUGUUUUGGAUUCUUAAGCAAAUUGCAGAGGCUUACGCCUCUGGCACCUCGCGAGCUAUUAUCUAAGUGCCCACCAGCUCAUAAGUGUGUUGUUCAUGGUCUCUCGUGAAAUCCUACAUAUCUAAGCGUGUGUAGGUGGAUUUCUGUUAUGUGUGAUGGCCAUAGAAACUGAUUGAAAAAGGACUAUUUAUGGUCAGACAUGACAAUCGAUGUGAAAACAGUAAAACAAAAAAAACAACAAAAAAAAAAACAAAUCUGUUUUGGACAGUAAAAGACCGAAAUACACAAAACAACCUUAUCUCUCUUGACUUAAAUAUAGGUGUUUAAUGUGUGAUGGAUACUGUAUCUGAACAUGAAGAGAUUGGUUAAUCAGGGGUGUGUUUGCAGGGAUCAGUUAUGGACCUGGAGACGGAGCGGCUUAAUUGCUGUGCUGAAGGAGAAUUAUUAACAGUGUAAUCAUGAUUCACUCGUCAUUCGUAGCCACAUGUGUAAGCUGUGUCUGUCUCACGCCUCUAUUUAAACAUUCAUGUUGCUGACUGGUGUAGUUGCAUGCACCAAUUGUACACGCAUUUUACACACGUGCACUACACCUUGCUCAUACAUACGCUGACACACUCACAUGCACUGACGCCCUUACAGACACACACAUACACACUAAUGCUUAAACACAACUGGCCAUCGGUGUAAUUGUCUUAUACACGGACAUCAUCAGCUUUCAGUCCCUUGUGUACAGUGAAUUAUCAUGUGUGUGGCUUUGCCUCAAGGCAAUCACAGGUUGUAUAAAAAGGGACAUUUUCUUCCUCAACUGUGAAAAGAUAAAAUCUAUACCACAAUAUAGAUGACUAUAUGUAUAAAUUCAUGUAUAGUGUCCAAAUAUUAACUACAUAUUUAUACAUUUUAUAAGAAAAAAUGGAAUGAGGAAUCUCAGCAAAAGGUGUCCUUGAGUUAAGGUCAUGUCAUCUGCAAAGGACACUGCCAUUGUUUUGAAGACAAAUAUCCAAAAAUAUAAAUAACAAGAAAUUGUCCCUCCACAUUAUCACUAUACAUAAUAUCAUUAUAUGUGUAAAUGUAUCCAAUUUAGAUGUGUUUACAUAAAAAAACUGACAUAAUUUCAUUGAUUUUACUGCAAUUUCUGUGCAUUUGAGCCAAAUUGUUAUGUGUACAAAAGCUAUAUUGUGUAUUUUAUUAAAUUAAUAUAUAGUUGUGUUGCAAUAUACAUGGGCUUAUAUUGUAUUUGGCAAAAGUUGCCUUAGUAGCUGUCGAACUCUGUGAGUUUGCUUUAGUUUGGGUUUUCGUGUUUCUUUUCCUCUCUAUUCUGCGUCUUUGCAGGCUGGCUUCAGUGCUUUUGCGAUGUCGCCUCUUUUUACCCGAAGGUCCUGCUGGAUCAAAUACAAAAACUGUUGAAGCUAUAUGAGCCAGCUGAUUUAGGACACAAUUCAAACCAACAACAAAAAGCAACAACCGCAAGAUAACAGUUUGAAUAUUUUUACUGAGCAGAUUUUUACAGGGCAGCUAUUUUCUUUAACAAUACUAGUGUGCGUAUCUCUUGUGUUCCAUAUGUUUUUACUUUUUCUUUCCAAAAAAGAAACCUGCCAUAUGGAAAGUGGAGUGGUUUCCUUGGUGAUCAUAAAACUGCCUUACUGUCUCUGCGGAGAGCUUGUUGUAUCUGUGGAGCUUGUGACUGCUUAUAAAGCCCUGGUCAACCAGAAUGUGCAUUUUCUAUUAAGGCCUAAAACAGGUUCUUUUUCAGUAGUCCGUGUUGUUUAUGUACGUACUCCUUCUCGAUACAUGUUAUAAUUCUCAUAUUUUGCAAAGAAACAUGACAUCUGAAAUUCUAUCAAAAGUCACUUUGGAUUUGAUGUCUUAGCGGUUUAGGUACACGGUUCACUUAACCAAGUGUCUUCACAUUCAGGCUUUCUUAAAAGAAAUGAUACAGACAUUUAUUUUUGAAAAUUUUGGCACAUUUCGGCCACUCUCUGAAAUAAGGGAGGUGCUUUUUCUAAUGUACUCUGAUAGUAAAAGCAGAACAGUAGGCUAUUAGACUAGAUAUGUUUUGGAAAAUAUGACUACAAUCACCAAAUCCGUUACAUGCAGCCAUGAGAGGGAACAAUGACUUCAUUCAUGGUGUGUUCAUCAUGAAGUGCGUGUGAGCCGAGUUGGGAUCUUGACAGCAGAAACAACGCAUUCUGUCUUGCAGACAUGUCGCAUCCGAGUGUUUUGGUAUAUCUUGUUCUUGCUUCUUUUUCCUAAUCGAGAUACAUGUUUGGAUAUUCUCCUGUCACUCUGCCAUUUCUUCUCUAUCUUUUGCCUUCUUGGCAUCUUUGUUAUCUCACUAUUAAUUUGCCUACUUUUCUUCUCUUCAGUUCUUUGCUUUCUUGCCGCUAAGGGAGCGAAGCAACCGUUAGCUUUUUCUCCUCUCUUUCGUCUGCAAAAGUGUUUGGUUUUGUUUUUUUACCCUUGCUCUUUCCCUGCGAGAUGGCAGAGGCUGUUUUUAGAGAGGGCUGGCAAGAAUUGACAGAGGAGUAAAGUAUUCAAUGUUAUUUAUAAACAAGAUUGUUUCGUCAUGUCUCUCAUAUCUGGAUGAAUCAAGCAAUUCAGAUAUUCCCAUUUAUACAAUCAGUUAUAAUAUGCUUUUCAAAGUGUGCACUGCGACUGUGAUCUUGAGAAAAAUGCUGUUAUGUGUCUGCACAUGCACACUCAUGCAUGCACACGAACACUUCGGCACUUCAGUAGCACACUGCCGUUCAUUAAAAUGCAUGACCCCUUAAAGGUAAUGUGAAGGCUGAAAGAGAGGUCAAACACUACCCGAACAAAAUGGACUUGAACCCUUUUUUCUUCAUGGUAAUUUUUCUCUUCCUUUUCUAUCUCAUUGUGCUUCUUCUUCAUGCUGGAUAAAGAAUUCUCUACUGUGGGCGUGUUUGUGCGUUGCUUUGCUUUAUGCGCUUUUAUACCCCAUAUUGUUCAACUAGACCAUUCCUUUCUUAUUUAAUUUAUUAUUUAAUGUUGCACAUGUACUAUAUAGAUUUAAUACCAACUCACAGAUAAAUUAUAAGAUUUUUGAUCAAAUAAAACAAAGUGCAGAGGUCAUCCAAAAGCCACUGUCACACUUCAGGCACAUUUAAACUGCUGUUCCCUUGAAUGGAGAUCCUGUGGCCUAGUAAACGAAAUGAGCCCAGUCCAGUGGAUGGAAGGUCCUCUUUUAAAGCCAUGUCCCCUCUCUCAGGCUAUUUGCUGUUGAAUAGAACAGAGGCUGCUCCUGAGGUCAACACAUAGUUGGAGAUUGAGCAUAAUGCAAGGCCUCUCAUUAUUGUCUAAUUACACACUGUUGGUGCAUCACACACUGUUUGCAGUUUUACCAAGUGAUAAGGACAGGGCCUUGUUGAAUGUGGCUAACCGCCUCCAGUCUCUGAGUGAGGCAGGUGCACGCUGACUCAGACAGACACUGCUUUACACAUAUAGAGUCAACAUGUCCUUUUGGUUAGUUAAAACAAGCACCCAAUGUUUGUCAGCGUCGUCCCUUCACCCCCAAAGCCCACAUGGAUAGCAUAGGGCUCCGUGCUGGUUUAAAGACCAGAGACAUUCAUUUGUAUGGAUUAUUUCAACCGCUAUUGUCUAAAGGCUGUGUUCAUUGUGAUCUAUCUGAAAAAAAAGGUGAAAAGAUCAAAUAAAAAUGCUAUUACUAAUAACGUUUGCUCUUGUCCUUGUUUGAGAUGGUGGAAGACUGUCAAGUCAUCGCUUUGAUUUAAUUUCUCUUCUCCCAAAACACUUUCUUUUUUUGCUCCUUCAAGCAUCGACGCAGCCAAUUUUGCCUUGUCAAAUAGGAUUGCACUGUUUACUGUCACAGUGCCUAGAUAAGAUAAAAAAUUCCUUUUUCAAUUGUGUUUUGCGGUUUGAAAUGUGCUUUUAAAUGUGCUUACACCUUGUAAUGAGGCCGACACAAACACACUGAAACUGUUUCUUUGGGCAAAUCAUUAUAUUCGAUCACAUUUUUGC